AUGGGUCCAAAACGAGCUGAUAAUGCUACUAAAGGAAGUAAAGCAUCUCAAGGUAAUAUUAUUCCAUUAAUUACGCUCCCGACUGACCCGACAACAGAGCAAGUAGAAUCUCAACAAUGUGUAGGAAAAUUCGCUGUGGAUUUAGAACUAUGUUGUCGUGAACCACCUCCAGCGUAUCCUGUUCCUAUUCCUGUUUAUAUUCGUGGUCAAUCACGAGCACCACCACCACCGCCGCCGCCACCACCACAAAUAUCUUCACAAAUCCUGUUACAACCAUCACAAAGUCAAAUGCAACAACAUUCUGGAACACAUUCGGGAACAUCAAUUACUCCAUUAUUAAUGGGAACGAUUACUGAAGAACAGUUAUCAUCUACGGGAAAGAAAACAUCUCGUUCAAGACUUGCUUCUGUUGCUCCUAGUGGAGUUUUCGUAGGAGCAGCAGGCAUCGAAAGUGAGAGUAGACCACUUAGUGUUUUAGAAGAAGAACCACUAAAAAUAUCUCCAUCACCCUAUAAAACUUUUCAUUUAAUUGAUGAUAUUGAUUUCUUUCGUCCGAAAUUAUUGACAGAUAUAGUAAGCAAUGAAACUGAUUCUAUCGAUCAAAUUACAACUCUUUAUAUGAAAGCUUGGCAACUUGAUCAACAUUUUAUUGAUAUUUUAAAAAGAGUUCUUCCGUUACAAGAACAAUUACAUACACUCAAUUUCAAUUUUGUUGGUCUUAAUCAACAGACAUUUUCUGGAUUUGUUGAAUUAUGUCAAGGAAUAAAAAAUUUAAAAAGUGUUUCACUCGAUGGAAAUCCAUUAGCAUCAGAAUAUUUUCAUCUUUUAAUUGAAAAUGAUGAUUCAAAAAUUCUGAAUUUAUCUCUUCGUUUCUGUAAUAUUACUGAUACAAAUGCUGAACGACUUGCCAAUGCUCUUGGAAAUAUGUCAAAACAAAAUUGGAAAUUAUUAACACUUAAUCUAAGUGGAAAUCAAAUUGGUGAUAAUGGUGGAAAAUCAUUUGCAACAGCAUUACGAUAUAAUCGAACGUUGAUAUCUCUUAAUCUUUCGUCUAAUUUUCUUACUGAUAAAAGUGGAAUUCUUUUAGCAUUAGUUCUUCGAAAAAUUGUUCUUACACAAGAAGAAAUUGUUCAUCGUCGAUAUUUACUUUCAAAACGUUAUGCAGAAACACAUCCAGAUGAAUGGAGAUAUACUGCAAUAUCACCAACACCUUCAAAUUUUUCAACAAAAAGUAAAUCAGGUCGAGAAAGUCGAGUUGAAUGGAAACGUUUUACAGAUCCAAAUAAACGAAAAUUAAAUUCAACAAAAAUUGCACAAAUUAUUGUGGAUAAACGUAAUCGACCUGAAUCUGAAGAACAUCGUCCAUCAUCGGGAAGACAGAGUGAUUUAAAACGAGGACGAAAUGAAGGAAGUACUAGUCGUUCAACAGUACUUAAUGUUGCAUUGACAACUGGUAACACAGCUCGUCGUCCAGCUCCGAAUACAUUAAAUACAAAUACGAAGGAAUCUGAUCAAUCUCGAACAGCGGCUCCUGUACGUGUAAAAAAAAUAGCAGCUGCUGUAAAUGCUGCAUCAAAAAAGAGUGUUUCAAAAGUUAAAGAAGAAGCUGAAGAUACUCUUACCGAGUCAAAUUCAAUACAAAAUAAACAUACUGAUCGUGAAAAUCCAUUAUAUGAAACAAAUCAAAUUGAAACACAUGAUGAUGAAAUAUGGUUAAAAGGAAAUUUUGUUUUAAUAAAUUUAAAUUUAUCACGAAAUCAUUUAACAAUGGAUACUGUUAAAGAAUUUCUUCUUUCUGUUCAACAACAAUCAGCAUUAACACAUUUCAAUGAUGCCCUUAAUAUGUCAUCAUCAUCAAUAACAACAACAACAACACCAUCAUUAAUGGAUUUUUCUGGUCUUUGUCGACUUGAAUUAAAAGGUAUGAAUGAUAUUUCAAUAAAAUCAUCUGACUAUCAAUCAUUGGAAACAAUUCUUACUCAAAAAAAUCCAUCAACUCGUUUUCAACAAUUUAAAGAACGUGAAACAAAAGAAUUACUUGAUCAACAAUCUACUCAAUCAUCUCAACAACUUCAACCAUCGGUACCAGAUAAAGCAAUAAAUAGUUCAGAAAAAACGCGAACAGGAGCAAUUCUAAAAUCUACAAAUCAACGGCCAUCAUCACGAUCAAAAGACUGA